AUGAACGCGCUGNAGCGGGCCGCCCAACGCAGCCCCGGCGCUUGCGGAGGCCGGGAAGCCCGCCGCCGCGCCCUGCUGGACGGCUUCUACGAGACUCGGCUGCGGCUCUCGCCCCACGUGCUGGGCCACAGCAAAGCCCACGUCAGCCUGGUGGUGGGCGAGCUGCUGCGCGCCGGCAAGGCGGCCGGCCGGCUCUCCCUGCGCGGGGAUGCCGUCCAGGUGGGCAGCGCCUACGAGCAGCACAAGGUGGGCAGCCCCGACGGCUUCGACGUGCUGCUGCCGCUGCGCCUGCCGCCCGGGCUGGAGCUACGAGCCCUCCCUUGCGGGACGGAGGACCAGCAGCAGCAACAACAGAGGCAGCCCGGGGCCAGGGGCGUUUUCCUCUGCGCCUUGCGGGUAGUUGAGGGCGGGCAAGGCUCCCCCAGCCGGGCACUGUGCGUGGCUGCCGGGCCGGGCGAGGCCGACGGGGCGUCCCUGCUGUCGGCGGCACUGGUGGCCCGCUGGUUCCAGGCGCAAGUGCAGCGCUGCCUGGGCGCCGUGCGUGCCCGCCUGCAAGAGCGCUGCCGGGUACGACUAGCCGUCGGGGUUGCUGCCCCCUGCCCGCUGGCGUUAGAGAUCGUGCCUUGCUCCGACUACGUCUGCUGCCACCUCUCCCUGACCGUCCACCUCACCCCGGCCAUCCCACUGGGUGAGGGGCUCUACCUCACCCCCCGGGUCUGCUGCCCGCAGCGUUCUGCCGCCCCCCAAUUGGGCACCUUCUGGACCCUCAACCUCUCCAAAGCGGAGCAGCGCUUCCUGGCUUGGCUUCGGGACCAAGUCCCGGCGGACUCCUGCCACCUGAGAUGCCUCCAGAUCCUCAAAGGGUUGAGGGAGCUGGGGGGCCGCGCCCUGGAGCCCCCCUGGGCCGCCCAGUGGGAUCGGAUCCUCUCCUCCUACGUCCUCAAGACGGCCCUUUUCUGGGUCCUCCUGCGUAGCCCGUGGCAAGCGUGGGAGGACCAAUUCCUGGUGGCCCGGCUGGAGGACGUGGUCCUUUUCCUGGUGCAGGCUCUCCAGCGAGGGAGGCUGGCCCACCUCUUCCUCGGGAACCCUCACCUGCCCGAAAUCCUGAGCUUGCCCAAAUUUGUCAAAGAAGCCUCUCCGGUAAACUUGCUGGCUGAUUUUGACCGGCCUGCUUUGGAGAGGGUGGCCUCGCAGCUGCUGAGCAUCUGGAAACAGGCGCCCAGGAUCAUCCGGAUGUACGGCGGCCAUAGGUUCCGAAAGCAGCAUCUCACCUGAGGCCCCUUCUAUAUCCCCUCCCCAGCCUGGACUUUGCACCCAAAAAAAUGAAGGUUGAAUCGCUGUGUAUUCCCCAAGACAAAUAGGGCUUUACGACAGGUGCUAAGUUGGGUAGAACGUGGGGAGCUGCAUUCAAGGUUGAGGACAGCUGGAGGACCUUGACUAGGAGCCAAAGGAUGGUCUACAUUGGACUUUUGGUCUUCUCCUAAGAGUUGGACACGUGAGUUCCGUUCUGAUCCAGUGUGGAGUUCGGGGGCUCGAUCAGAUUUGGGGUGUUUUUUACCAUCAGGUUGGACACCUUGAAGGAGGGAGAUGUGGGGUGGUGGUGGUGGAAUGGAGCAUCUUCUUGAGGUUCACCAAAGUUCAAGAGGACAGGUUGGUCCUCAUCCCUCCUGACUGAUUCCGCUUCUGACUUCCUUCUGCUCAGGGUUUCGGCCUUCGUCCACGGAAAGCAGGCCAGAUUUCCAAGACGCCCUUCGGUGGGUUUGAAGGGCAAGUCUUGAGAGAGGGAAAAAUUGAGCGUUUCUGCUUGGGAAAUCUCAGGCUAUUAUGACUCAUCCUCCUGAGUUGGUGUUCCUCUUUCCUUUUUCCCAGCCAAGUUAGGAAUCCGAGUGGGCCUGCUUUGGCAUUUCGCCCAGUGUCAAUGAAAAGAUGGAGUGGGGGCCCUGAUAUGUGGCUGCUUAUUAUGGGCUGGAGUAGAGAAGAGAGGAAAACACAGCCUCGUUAAGUUUACAGGGAGCCUUCAACUUAAAACUAUUGGUUUGGGGGCUGUUUGAAGUUAUAACAGUCCUGAAAAACAUCGGGCCGUUAUUCGCAUUUAUGACAGUAGCAGCAUCCCUAUGGUCAUCUGAUCAAAAUUUGGAUGCUUGGCCAUUGGCUCGAAUUUACGAAGGUCCCUGGGUCAUUUUGCAAUCU